AUGGACUUGAUGAAAAAGUAUAAUGGAAAAAUGGUCAAGUGGAAUGGAACAGAGUUCAGUUCGAACCCCAACGCCAACUACAUUUCAAUUCCUUUGAACGAUGACCUCGUAAUUGCAAUUUAUGCAGUUACUCAUAGAGAAGACAAAUGGAAUCCGAGGCAUCAAAUUGUGAUGAAGACAAUGCCGAUUGAUGCAUUCAUUCCAGCGGAAGAUUUCUCUGAAAUGAGAUCUUAUUGUAUCCAUCUGCCCAAGAAAUCUGGUGAGAUUAGACAACAGACCAUUCUACCUAUCCAACGUUAUUCACCUAUUAUUUUGGCCAUCAUGUCGCGUGAGCUAUCCUAUCCUGGACUCAAAUGUAUUUUGGAAUAUGUAGAAGCAAAUAAGAGAAUCCACAUCUCCUCCCGUUCCCCGUCUCUGAGACUAAUCGAACGAAGUGUUCCAUUACGUUUCGACACUCUGCGUCUAAGUGAGAGUGGAGUAAAAUUAAACAAAGUAGAAUUCGAAAUUAAUGAGGACGAAGAACUGACUACUGAUGAUCCUCGAUCUGAAAUGGUACUAGGCGAUAUUUUAAUGGGAUCCGAGACUCCUGAGUGGAACCGUAACUAUCUAGUGAUGCAGUUUUCCAAUGAGAUGGGAAUGACUGCGGAGAGACGCCUACCGACAAAAUAUUCUGAUCCAAUGAAAAUCCAUCUGGCAACUAGGAAAAUGCUCGCUGAGAUUUUGGGAAGAAGGAGUGAUAUUCUUGUGGAUAAAUUGGAAAUGGCAGUUUAUUUUUCAACUAUUCUCCGUCUUCCAGAAGGCUUUCAAGCUCGAAUCAAAAAGUUGUAUUGUGGGAAUAUUGAUAUAAAACAGUGUCUUCCUUUGAUUGAUCCUGCUAGUUAUCCGCUCGAAGAACUUGACAUUCGAAACGUGACAACAUUGGAUCUUCCUAUAAUUCAGUCUUGUGAAAAACUGCUAAUCACUGAACGCGGUGAUAUUCCUGAAAACCUGUUGAAUAGUCUGUUGAGACUAUCUCAUAAAAACGCCAAAGUUUGGUUCUGGAACUUCCAUGCGGAUACUUUCCACUUUGUAAUUCAACACUGGAUGGCCAAUGGACAAGGGAACGAAGUUCAUUACGAGAUGGGUUCUGAAAAUGAAUCUUUGAGGUUUCUGGAAGAGAUUAAACAACGAUACAAUGGGAAAACCAUGAAGUUUGCAACUUGUGCAACCGAUGACAAGGCGGCCUUCAAUUUCGUCUCAAUCCCUUUGAAUGAUAGUUCUCACAUUGUGGUUUACCCAAAAAACCUUGAACUUCCAUUUGAUUAUCACAGUAUUGUAAUGAAAGUAAUGCCUAUUGGAACAUUUGCGUCUGGUGAACACACGUCAAACUCCAUAUCAGUGAACGUCAAUAGUCUGGCUACUCAAUCUACCCUACCGCAUUCACGUGUACUAUCUAUCAGCAUGCCGGUCGAAUUAUCCUAUCCUGGACUCAAAUGUGUUCUGGAAUUUUUGGAGGCUAACAAAAGAAUCCACAUUUCUUCUCGGUGUCCGCGCCUGAAACAUAUCGAGCGAUGUAUACCACUAUACUUGAACACGCUCUACUUUCGACCAAAAGGAGUGAAGUUGAACGAAAUAUUUUAUGAAAUUGAAGUGGAUCUUUUGAUAGGACCACCCAACCCGGUUUAUUCUCGAAUGUAUCCAACUAUUAACUUUUUUAAACAAGUGCUCAGACCUGUGGAAAGACGUGUGCAAAAAAAAAGGGGAAUGCAAAAGUAUGAGACAAUACGGGAUCUACUUGACGGAUUGAUGGGAUUAAGGAAGAACAUUCGAGUAGAUCAACUUGUUCUGUCCCAUUCAACAAUUCUCCCAGUUCCAUCGGAUUUCAAUGUUAAGAUUAGGAACUUGAAUUGUGAUCAUGUCAACCCGAAAUACUUUCUUCCUCUGAUAGAUACUUCUAGUUUUCCGUUGGAAAAACUCAGACUAAGAUUUCCGGGAAAAUUAGAUCAGCCGAUAGUUCAAUCAUCAGAGAAAUUGGUCAUUUUUGUAACGGAACAAUAUUUUAGCGAUUUUUCGGUUGAUAUUCUUAAUCUUCCUAAUGGAAGUGUGAUCAUUGAAUGUUCAUCACUGAGUGAGGAUGCUUAUAGCAAUAUAAUUGACUACUGGCUGGAUGAAAAACGAGAGACUGGAAAAUGUUUUAUGAUAACCGGCGGUCAAACAAAAAUGAUAGAAACUGCGAUUGACUUGAUGAAAAAGUAUGACGGAAAAAUGGUGAAGUGGAAUAGUACGGAGUUCAGUUCAAACCCCCAGACCAACUACAUUUCAAUUCCGUUGAAUGAUGACUUGGUAAUUGCAAUUUAUGCAGUUACUCAUAGAAAAGACAAAUGGAAUUCGAGUCAUCAAAUUGUGAUGAAGACAAUGCCGAUUAACUCAUUCAUUCCAGCGGAAGAUUUCUCUGAAGACAAAACACUUAUAGAAAUUAAAGCGACUGAGAAUCCCAGACAAAACGAUUUAAUUCACAUUUCUUCUCGAAGCCCACGCCUGAAACACAUCGAGCGAUGUGUACCACUAUACUUGAACACACUCUAUUUUCGACCAAACGUUGUAAAGUUGAACGAAAUAACGUAUGCAAUUGUUGAAAGAAACGAGGAAACAACAGAUCAUCCUCAGAGUGAAUUGAAGUGUGGAGAUAUUUUGAUAGGACCACGCACCCCGGUUUAUUCUCGAAUGUAUCCAACUAUUAACUUUUUUAAACAAGCACACAGACCUGUGGAAAGGCGUGUGCAAGAAAAAGAAGGAAUGCAAAACUAUGAGAUAAUCAGGAAAGUGCUUCAAGGAUUAAUAGGAGAAAGGAAAAAUAUUGGAUUAGAUCAACUGGUAUUUGAACAGUGUCACUCAACGAUUCUCCGUCUUCCAUCGAAUUUUAAAGUUCGCAUUAGAAGGUUGGAUAGUGGGGUUAUCAACCCGGAGUAUCUUCUUCCUCUGAUAGAUUUCUCUAGUUUUCCGUUGAAAGAACUCAGUCUAAGAUAUCCGGAAAGAUUAGAUCAGUCUAUAGUUCAAUCAUCAGAGAAAUUGGUCAUUUUCGUAGACGAAGAAUACCCUCGAAAUCAUUUGGAUUAUAUCGAUAAACUUUCUAAUAGAAGUGUCGUCACUAAAUUUACAUCACUGAAUAAGGAUGCUUAUAGCAAUAUAGUUGACGGCAAUAAAACAAAAAUCAUGCAAGCAGCAAUUGAUUUGAUGAAAAAGUAUAAUGGAAAAAUGGUGAAGUGGAACGGUACAGAGUUCAGGAAAGUGAUUCAAGGAUUGAUGGGAAGAAGGAAAAACAUUGGAGUAGAUCAACUGAUGUUUGAACUGGGUCACUCAACGAUUCUUCGUCUUCCAUCAGAUUUCAAAGUACGGAUUCAGAAGAUGGAUAGUGGUUAUAUCAACCCGGAGUACUUCCUACCUCCGGUUGAUUCUUCAAGUUUUCCGUUGAAAGAGCUCAGAUUGAGAUUUCCGAAUGUAAAUUUUGAAAAGGAAAAUUUCUUCACCGUUCCGAUAUGA